UGCGGAAAUUGCCUUUCAAUUUUAGAGAAGUCUGUGUGUCGAGAAAUAUGUCCGCCUUAGAGCACAACAGUGUUUAGUUAUGUGAGCUCCAAACGAGCAUCCUUCGUGAAUGUGUCUUAAAAUUGUCAAAUACCCUGUCUGCUCCUCAAGUGUCAGCAUGACAACAUGUAAAAUAAUAUUGAGACUACUUGCUCCUGAAAUUUCAGCACGAUAACAAACAAAAAUGGUCUGUCCUGCUGAUAACAAUUGCUCGCAGCUUUGCACUGGCAACAUGACGGAGUGCCUCUACAAGGGAAACCACAUAGACAAGGUGGCGAAUGGCGUUUGAUGGCGCUAGGCAUCCUGGAGCUGAUAUCCGGUAUCCAAGGCAACUGUCUCAUGCUUAAGUCCCUCAUCUCGCGGGAACCUCUGAAAGGGUCGUAUGCGAUCUACAAGAUAUUCCUGCUCAACCUCGUGUGUGCUGAUGUCGGUAUUAUCGGGUACUUCCUACCCCUCAUGGUCCUGGGGUUGAUGUCCCGCUACCCGGUCUUCGACCGCCAUCACUGCAGGAUCACUGGCUUCAUAUUCGUUUCCUGCUCAGUUGCGUCGCUGCUGUUCCAGACGGUCAUCUCUCUCAAUCGCUUUCUGAGGGUCUGCCAUCUGAAGCUUCACCGAGUCCUGUUCAGCCGGCGCCGUACUGUGCUGCUGUGUGUGCUGUGCUGGAUGCUGGCCGUCCUGUUGGCUCUGAUGCCGCUGGUGUCGUCCAUUGGGUGUUACAGCUUCGACUGCAAUGGACACGUCUGCUCACUUCUUAACAACGAGAAACAACACUUCACUCAAAUUGUUUUUGUUGCUUCCGGAAUAUUACCUGUCUUAGCCAUCGGUUACUGCAACUGGGCCAUUUACCAGCACUGGAAAGGAACUCGUUUCAAAAGUCGCAGUCAGUACACAAUCAUCCAGAUGGAGAUAAAGCGCCUGAAGGAGAAACUUAAAUCACGACGAAGAAAUCGGAAGAAGUGUAAAGAAGAAAGCAUAGAGAAUCGUUGGAGAUGACAAGACCUGCUCGACUCCUGUUAAUGACAGCUCGAUCGAAAAGUUGACGGGGGCAGAGGGUACGUUUAGUCCAAACUUACACGGCGAAGAAGUCGAGAAAGUGGAAAAACAAGAGCUCUCGUUAGUCUCGGGAAGGGUCGCGAGAGAAGACUCCUUCCUUCGAGACAUCAGCUUCAUCGAUCAGUUCGACGACAGAACGUGCGAGGAAACCCAGGAUUUCGAUGAUGAUGACGAUGAAGACGACGAUGGCAAUGUCGAUGAUACUAGGAUAGAGAGCGAACUGACGUCAGAAGAACAAAGCUGUGAUGCAAGUAGCCAAUACCCGUCGCUGGACCCAAUGGCCUCACCUUGCCUGUCGGGUGGCCGGAAGUCCGACAUCGGCACCCUACCACCGCGGCAGCUCAUCAAGACCCCCAAAGGUAAGUCCAUGGGGCGCGCGAGGGCCAAGCGCUACCUCCGGCAGCUGCACCGUGUUGGCAAAUGCAAGAAAAAGAAAGAAAAGGCUUUCGUCAGAUCUCUCAUUGUCGUUUUCCUCAUUAGAGCUGUGACCCUGUCUCCGCUCAGCAUCUACACUUUAGUCGGCGCCGCCAAAACUCUAGAGACGCCAGUUGCCUUGGUGACCACCUAUCUCCUGUUCUUGGGCAACUUCUCUGUCAACUGGAUCGUGUUCGGGGUUAUGAACCCUUGCCUUCGAAGCGACUAUGUCAAAUGCUUUGACUGUGUAUUCAGCAGGUGUCGCUCCGUUCUGACCAGAAAAGGAAGCAUGGCUUGAAGAACAGAAAGUCAGAAAGAUUUGUGAUCUUUGUCUUGAAAACCAGAUUUCAGUGUCAUGUGGUAAUACUGUUAAAAAAAGCGAUUUGAGUGAGAUAAGUGUACAGACAGUUUUUUCUACUUUUUUUGGUUUCUUUUAUCGAACACCAUUCACCAAAGCGUUUACGAAUGCGCUUAUGUAUUCGUUGAGUGUAAGACUAUAUUAUAAGUAUAUAAACUCACCAGUAUUUUUGUUUCAGUUAUUACAAUCUUUACUCCAUAAAAAUAAGCUUCCGUGUAUGUAACUAAAUAAAAAGUGUAUUCCUGUUUUGACUGCAAUAGUUCCUUAUCUAGGAUAGUCAUACUGUAUUUUUUUAAAAUAAAAAAUCUUUUCUAAAUAGCUGCAGGUCCAAGGCAUGGCACACUUCAAAAACAUGAAUUUGUAAUCUUUAACAUUGUAUAGACAUAUAUGUGUGAAAAAAAUUGAGCAGACAAUGGUCUGGUUGUGUGAACAAGACUGGUGUACACAAAGAUGUUAGAUGUUAUUUUCGACAUAAACAGCAUCAAGUGGCGCGGUGGAUGCGAACCCCGGUUACCAUCAGACUGAUACUGUUGCCCUGUCAUACCAGACAGUAACCGCAAAGCAGAUAAUCUUUGUGUAAUAAUUUGUUUCACAAAUUAAUGAUAAUAAAAUAAUUACUAAAA